ACAAAUGACAAGAUCAUCUACACAAUAUUAAAAUUUUAAUUUAUCUUAUAAUUUUAAGAUCAAUUUCUACGAAUUGUACGUCUAUCUCUUUUAAAUUUAUUAAGAAAGAUUAAUAUUUAUUAAUAUUCAAGGUCUACUCUGUCUCUAGAUCAAAUCAAAUAAUAAAUAUGUCUUCAAGAACUGAUACACGUCGUAUCGAAAGAUCACGGAGUCAUUCGGUGGAACGAUACCAAGAACGUAAAGAUAGCAGAAGGUCCAGGAGUCGAUCAUCCAGUCACAAGACUCACAGGUCAAAGUCGCUCACGUCCAAACAUAGUUCUACAAGCAGAGAAAAAAAGCGUAAAAAGACUAAGAAAAAGAAAAGACACUCUUCUAGCAGCAGCAGUAGUAGUAGUAGUUCUAGUGACAGCAAUGAAGAAGAAUUGAAAUUCUUGCAAAAACUGGAGGCCGAAAGACAAAGACUCAAAGAAGAGAAACGUAAACAGAAAGAGAUGCUCAAAGCGAAGGAAACUCCUGAGGAGAAAAGGGAGAGGCGUCUUCGUGAAAAGCAAGAAAAAGAAAGGAAACGCCGCGAGCGUAUGGGCUGGGACAAUGAGUACCAAUGCUACACUAACCAAGACAACCCAUUUGGAGACUCUGCACUGACCAAUACAUUUGUCUGGGCUAAAAAACUUGCUAAAGAAGGUGUGAAAAAUGUAUCCAGAGAAGAACUUGAAGCUUUGAAUAGACAGAAACAAUUAGAAAAUAAGAUCGAAUUGGAAAAGGUGAAGCAGCGCCGCUUGGAGCGCGAGGCGGAGCGCGCAGCCCGAGAGGCGGAGGCCGGGGCGGCGGCGCGCGCUCGUGAGGCCGCGCAGUUCCACAGCUGGGCGCGCCACGAGGAUGCCUUCCAUUUGCACCAGGCCACCCUGCGCACACAGAUAAGGAUCCGGGAUGGACGAGCGAAGCCGAUAGACCUGCUGGCGUGGUAUGUGAGCUCAGAGGAGUGCGUGGAUGCUCUGGAGAUGCACGAGCCCUACACCUACCUCAACGGGCUGCAGAUGCAAGAUCUCGAGGACUUGCUUGAAGACAUCAAGGUUUACAAAGAGUUGGAGAAGGAAUCUAACCAGUCGUACUGGGAGGACGUGCAGACCAUCGUGCUGGACGAGCUGGGCAAGCUGCGCACCGUGGCCGCGCCCUCCGCGCGCAGGGACGGCGUGCACAGGGCCGUCGCCGAUGACGUCACACAAAUCUUCAAAGGCAAGACCGGAGCUCAGCUGGAGGCGCUGCAGACGCAGAUAGAGCAGAAGAUAUCCGGCAGGAGAGACGGCGUCGACAUCGGGUACUGGGAGAGCUUGCUCAGCCAGCUGAAAGCGCACCGCGCGCGCGCCCGCCUGCGCGAGCGGCACCGACACAACCUGCGCCGCAAGCUGCAGCUGCUCAAGCGCGAGCAGGGCGUCGCCCCCGCGCCCCGCGCCCCCGCGCCCCGCGCCCCCGCCAGCCCCGAGCCCGCGCAGCCCGAGGGCGGGGGGGCCGCGCCCGACGGCGGGGGGACCGCGCCCGAGGGCGAGGGGGACGAGCACGAGGAGGAGGAGGAGGAGUGCGUGUCGCUGUACCGGUCGGGUCGGUACUCGCCCGCGCUGCUGACGGACCGCGACCUCGAGCCCGCCACGCUGCUCACCGAGCCGCUGGCGGAUCUGCAGCGCCUGCACUACCUGCGCGCCGCGCGGACCCGGGGACGCGCCCCCGCGGGACGACCAGAAGGCAGCUCGGCGGGGCCGGGAGCGGGCGGAGGGGCGGAGUCUCUGGAGGCGGAGGCCCGGCGCGCCAUGGGCGCCCCCGCACCGGACACGGCGCCCUUCGCCCUGGAGCACGCGCUGCCGGACCAGCCCUGUCUGUGGGCCGACAAGUACAGGCCCAGGAAACCGAGAUACUUCAACAGAGUCCACACCGGCUUCGAGUGGAACAAAUACAACCAGACCCACUACGACAUGGACAACCCUCCCCCGAAGAUCGUCCAGGGAUACAAAUUCAACAUAUUCUAUCCGGACCUCAUCGACAAAAACUCGACACCGGAGUUUUCUCUCAAGCCGUGCCCCGAGAACGCGGAGUUCGCAGUGCUGCGGUUUCACGCCGGCCCCCCCUACGAGGACAUCGCCUUCAAGAUCGUCAACCGCGAGUGGGAGUACUCCUACAAGCGAGGCUUCCGCUGUCACUUCCACAACAACAUCUUUCAACUUUGGUUUCAUUUCAAGAGAUAUCGGUAUAGACGCUAGGGCUAGAGAUAUUAUCAAUAAAGUUAAAUACACAAA